CCCGCUGCGAGCGCCAGGGCGCUGGGCCCGGAGGAGGGAGCGGAAGGGUUGCCCUCCCGACGAGUGUUCUGGGGGGGUCUUCGGUCUGAUCCCUGGAAACGUGCCAUGGAAGGGUCUAGCGAUCCGGUCUUGGAUGCUAAGGCCAAGGUCACCAACCAGCUUGUCGAUUUUCAGUGGAAACUCGGGAUGGCCGUGAGCUCAGACAGUUGCAGAUCUCUCAAGUAUCCCUAUGUUGCACUGAUGCUAAAAGUGGCGGAUCAUUCAGGCCAAGUAAAGGUCAAGUCUUUUGAAAUGACCAUUCCACAGUUUCAGAAUUUCUACAGGCAGUUCAAGGAAAUUGCUGCAAUUAUUGAAACUGUGUGAACACUGAUUACUUGGUUGAAAAAUUACUGCCAUCGUUCUAAAAUUAUGGACUUCAUUUUCUGCAGUAUAACUGUAUGCGGACCAGAUGAUAUUUAUUGAAAGAAUUACACUUUGGUUUUUCCCUUUUUUAAAUAAAAAAAUUAGACAAACAGGAAUUAGGUAAGAGGUGAUCAAUGCAAUUAUCAAUGUGAAUGUACUAAAAGCCACGGAAUUGAAUACUUUAAAGGGGGAACUCAGGGAAUUACAUCUCCAUAAAUAAGUGAAUGAUUGAAAAUAUAUAAAAAGAUGACAUUACCUUAUAAAUUCAAUGUUACAACAUUCAAUUACUACAAAAGCAAUCAGCAAGAAGAGUGAGGCUACUCAAACACUUGAGAUCAGAUUAGGAUUAACUGUUGUUCCUUAUGUUAGCCAAGCCUUCAGGUUUUUCUGUCUUUAAUAUUUACAGAAAGUCCCAAUACAUGCACAGACAUAGAAAGAUAGGUUUUAUUCUGAGUUCUGUAUCCAACUGAGUUAACCUACUAGUACAAGUUACUGUUUUAUAUGAUCUCCAUUGAAUUUAAAUUUACAAACCAAUUGUUAAAAUAUUUUAUUAAUUUUUAUGAUUAAAAGGCUUUUUGCAUUGA